CGCUGUGCGGUACGUCUCAGUGCCUGCUGGGGUAUUUCCUGCUCUCGCUUUCCCUUCGCAAUCUCCGCAACAGCGCGUGGCGCCGCCUUGGGCUGGCGCUACCGGCUCUGGGGCUAUGUCUCGACCAAGUAGUGUCUCCCCACGGCAGGCCGGUGGGCGUUCGGGUACCCCCACUCCGGCCGGCCCUGCUGCGGGCCGCGGCCGACGCAAGAAGCUGAAGGAUAUCCGCGUUGAUGAGGAGGUGGAGAUCGCGGUGAACCUCGCCCUGGAGCGCUUCCGAUACGGAGAGGAGAAAGAAAUGGAAUUUCCUUCUUCUUUCACUAGUACUGAAAGAGCAUUUGUUCACCGUCUCUGUCAGUCUCUUGGACUGAUAUCUAAAAGUAAAGGAAAAGGAGCAAAUCGAUACCUGACUGUGAAGAAGAAGGAUGGAUCAGAACUAGCACAUACAAUAAUGACUUGUGUCUUGGCUCCCUGUACAAAACAUGCUGUUCGGAAUUUAAUUCAGAGAUUUCCUGUAACAAAUAAAGAACGAACAGAACUUCUGCCAAAGACAGAGCGAGGAAACGCAUGUGCUGUUGAAUCUGAAAACAGAGAAGUGAACAAGACAAGCGGACGACUUAACAAUGGUAUACCCCAGGUUCCAGUGAAAAGAGGGGAAUCGGAAUUUGAUUCCUUCAGGCAAUCCCUACCAGUUUUUGAAAAACAGGAAGAAAUUGUCAAAAUAAUUAAGGACAAUAAAGUUGUUUUGAUUGUAGGAGAGACUGGAUCAGGAAAAACUACUCAAAUACCUCAGUUCCUUCUUGAUGACUGUUACAAAACUGGAACUCCUUGCCGUAUAUUUUGCACUCAGCCAAGACGCUUGGCAGCAGUUGCUGUGGCUGAAAGAGUGGCAGCAGAAAGAAGAGAAAAGAUUGGCCAGACAGUUGGUUAUCAGAUCCGAUUAGAAAGCAGGGUUUCUCCAAAGACACUUUUAACGUUUUGCACUAAUGGCGUACUACUUCGCACACUGAUGGCAGGAGACAGCACUCUCUCGACUGUGACACAUGUUAUUGUGGAUGAAGUACAUGAGAGGGAUAGGCUCAGUGACUUCUUGUUAAUAAAACUGAGAGAUUUGUUGCAAAAGCACACUAAUUUAAAACUAAUUAUUUCUAGUGCUGCUCUAGAUGCAAAUCUCUUUAUUAGGUAUUUUGGAAGUUGCCCAGUAAUACACAUACAAGGAAGACCUUUUGAAGUUAAAGAGAUGUUUUUGGAGGACAUUUUACGAAGCACUGGGUAUACAAACAAAGAGAUGGUAAAGUACAAAAAAGAGAAGCAGCGAGAGGAGAAACAGCAAAGCAAUCUUACUGAGUGGUGCUCUGCUCAGGAAAAUAAUAGCAAAGUGGAAUCUCAAAGACAAAGAUCUGUCCCAAAUGCAACUGAGGAGUAUAAUCUGUUGGAUGAUGGUGGUGACACAGUAUUUAAUCAACCGGCUGAGAAAGAUGUGAAUUGCCUUGAGCCAUGGCUAAUAAAAGAAAUGGAUUCUUGUCUUUCUGAUAUCUGGUUGAAUAAAGAUGUUGAUUCCUUUGCUCAGGUGUUCCACCUCAUUUUAACUGAAAAUGUCAGUGUUGAUUAUAGGCACAGUGAAACCAGUGCAACUGCGCUAAUGAUUGCCUCAGGGAGAGGCUUUCUGAGUCAAGUAGAACAACUGAUAAGUAUGGGAGCAAGUAUCCACUGCAAAUCAUCCAAUGGCUGGAUGGCUUUGGACUGGGCUAAACGCUUUGGGCAGACUGAGGUUGUUGACCUCUUAGAAUCCUACAGUGCGUCAGUGGAAUCUGGCAAUCUGGAUGAAAGUUCCCUGGUCCAGACAAGUGGUAGUGACCUGGAUGCAGAGGACAGAGAACUGUUGAAAGCUUAUCAUCACAGUUUUGAUGAUGAAAAAGUGGAUCUGGACCUGAUUAUGCACUUACUUUAUAACAUCUGUAGUAGUUGUGAUGCUGGAGCGAUUUUAAUAUUUCUUCCUGGAUAUGAUGAAAUAGUUAGCCUGAGGGACCGUAUUCUUUUUGAUGACAAGAGAUUUGCAGAUAAUGCACACAGAUACCAAGUUUUCAUGCUUCAUUCAAAUAUGCAGACUUUGGAUCAGAAGAAGGUGCUUAAAAGUCCACCUUCUGGCAUCCGCAAAAUAAUUCUUUCCACUAAUAUUGCAGAAACCAGUGUAACAGUCAAUGAUGUUGUAUUUGUUAUUGACUCAGGGAAAGUGAAAGAGAAGUCUUUUGAUGCACUGAGUUGUGUUACAAUGCUGAAAAUGGUGUGGAUUUCAAAGGCCAGUGCUAUCCAGAGAAAAGGCAGGGCUGGGCGCUGUCAGCCUGGAAUCUGUUUUCGUCUCUUCAGCAGGCUUCGAUUUCAGAGUAUGUUGGAAUUUCAGACUCCAGAACUUCUAAGAGUGCCACUUCAGGAGCUUUGUUUACACACAAAACUUCUGGCUCCAAUUAAUUGUCCAAUUGUUGACUUUCUUAUGAAAGCUCCUGAUCCUCCACCAGCUUUAAUUGUGAGAAAUGCUGUGCAAAUACUGAAGACAAUAGAUGCCAUGGACCCUUGGGAAUAUCUCACUGAACUUGGCUAUCAUCUCACUGAAUUGCCAGUAGAGCCACACCUUGGUAAAAUGGUGUUAUGUGCUGUUGUUUUGAAGUGCCUGGAUCCUAUUCUUACUAUUGCUUGCACUCUUGCAUAUCGAGACCCUUUUGUCCUACCCGCAAUGGCCUCUCAAAAGCGUGCAGCCAUGCUGUGUAGAAAACGUUUUACUGCAGGAACAUUUAGUGACCAUAUGGCGCUUCUCAGGGCUUUCCAGGCAUGGCAGAAGGCGCGCAGUGAUGGUUGGGAGAGAGCUUUCUGUGAAAAGAACUUCUUGUCUCAAGCCACAAUGGAAAUCAUUGUAGGAAUGAGAACCCAGUUGCUUGGCCAGCUUAGAGCUUCAGGUUUUGUUAGAGCCAGGGGAGGAGCUGAUAUCAGAGAUGUUAAUACCAACUCUGAAAACUGGGCUGUAGUUAAAGCUGCCUUAGUGGCUGGGAUGUAUCCCAAUCUAGUUCAUGUAGACAGAGAAAGCCUGGUUUUGACUGGACCAAAGGAGAAGAAAGUGCGUUUUCAUCCUACAUCUGUUCUUAGUCAGCCUCAGUAUAAAAAGAUUCCUCCUGCAAAUGGGCAAGCUGCAGCCGUUCAGGCACUCCCUACAGACUGGCUUAUAUUUGAUGAAAUGAUGAGAGCUCAUAGGAUAGCAAAUAUCAGAUGCUGUUCUGUUGUAACACCUGUCACUGUGUUACUCUUCUGUGGACCAGCUAGAUUGCCAAGUAAUGCUUUGCAGGAGCCUUCGUCAUUUCAAGGGGAUGGGUUAUUUAAUGAUAACAGUGAUAGUGAAGUAGAGGACAAAACAACUGCUAAUUUGGCACUACUGAAACUAGAUGAAUGGCUGCACUUCAGACUGGACCCUGAAGCUGCUGGUUUGCUGUUGCAACUCAGACAGAAGUGGCAUAGCUUAUUUCUGCGUCGUAUGCGAGCUCCUUCUAAGCCGUGGUCUCAAGUUGAUGAAACAACUGUAAGAGCAAUUGUAGCUGUUUUAAGUACUGAAGAACUGUCUGCAGGUUUGCAGCAGCCUUCAGGAAUCGGUCAGAGACCAAGACCUAUGACUUCUGAAGAACUUCCUGUAACAUCUACAUGGAGGUCAACUAACAGUAGAAAAAGUUCAGCAGAAACUGAAUUCUCUGAUGAUUCCUCUAAUGCUGAAAAAGUUUUAAUGAGGUCUACACCUCCUGCACUUCAGCAGCCAAAGAAGUACAAGGACAAAGCCAUUUUACACUCCAAACGAGCUUCAGAAGACAGGUCAGAUCAAUCAUCAGUGAAGUCUACAGACAGCAGUAGCUAUCCAAGCCCCUGUGCUAGUCCUUCUUCUCCAACCUCUGGAAAGGAUCCCAAAUCUCCUUCACCCAGACCAAAUAUGCCAGUCUGGUACUUUAUAAUGAAAAGUAGCAAUGUGCAAAACAUUGAUAUUUCUCAACAGAAGGGUAUAUGGUCUACUACACCAAGUAAUGAACGAAAGUUAAAUAGAGCUUUUUGGGAGAGCAGCAUGGUUUACUUGAUAUUUUCUGUUCAAGGGUCUGGACACUUUCAGGGUUUUGCUAGAAUGGCAUCAGAGAUAGGGUGUGAGAAAAGUCAAGACUGGGGAUCUGCUGGUUUUGGAGGUGUAUUUAAGGUGGAGUGGAUCCGAAAAGAAAGCAUUCCUUUUCAGUUUGCACACCAUUUGCUCAACCCUUGGAAUGACAAUAAGAAAGUACAAAUAAGCAGGGAUGGCCAGGAACUGGAACCACAAGUUGGAGAGCAGUUGCUACAGCUUUGGGACAGUAUUCCUUUGACAGGAAAAAACUCUACUGACUGAGCAUGUCAAGUAAUGUGAUAGAGCUGUCAUGGUUGAAACAUCAGAAAUAACUACUAGAACCAGUAGCAUGCCUGCAAUAUGAAGAUAAGAAAGAAGGUGGCGCAACAAGCUCCAGAAGUUGUUAGUCAUGCUGUGAGGCUAGUAGAGGAAAAAUAAGGGGAAUUAUGUUGGUUUCAGUAUUUCCUUGUCUUAACAAAUGUCCUGAUGUUAUUCACCAGCCUGGUUUUGACUGAAUUAGUUUUUUAUAGUAGCAUGCAAUUGAUAUUUAAAAACACGUUUAAAUUCCAAACUGAGUUUGAAACAGUGGACCACAUCCAAGUUGUUUGUGGGUUUAAAAUAGCACAGCAAAUAGUUUAAAUAUACAGUUUACAUUUAAAGGUUUCUCAACACAAUAAAAUCUAUGAGAAAAAAACAGUGUAAUUUGAAUUAAUCAAUCUUGCCAUUUUCUUAAAUAAAUUGAGAAUACAUGUCUCCAAAUAUA